GCUUUAUCAACGUCUUCCUUUCCUCCGCCAUCUUGUAACUCCUGCAUGAAUUUAGAAAUUGUUUGUUGUAGUAAAUUGAUAAAAAAAAUUGUUUUAGAGUUGAAUUUAAGGUAAGCCACUAUGGCACAAUAUAUUCAAGUCGUUGAGGACGAAAGCGACGAACCAGUUGAAAUUCCCAGUGAACCGGAUGGCACUUUGCUGUUGACAACACUUUCUGCACAGUUUCCUGGUGCUUGUGGCUUGAAAUACCGCAAUCCAGAUUCUGGCGCUUUUCGUGGAAUUCGCCUUGCUGACGGAAUUUUGCAUCCACCUGAUGGCAUUUGGGGAAAUUUUCAGUAUCUUGCUGUGUUUCCCAAGGGUAAAGAGAAUAAAAGAAAAGGUGAAGAUGGUUAUGACAAUCCUGUGGCUAAAACCAAAAGGCUAGAAAAUCAGAAAUGUUCAGAUCUCAUUGUUCUUGGUUUGCCUUGGAAGAGUACAGAGGAAGAUUUAACAAAGUACUUUCAACAGUUUGGUGAACUUAUUUUAGUUCAGGUUAAAAGAGACACCAAAAGUGGCCAGUCCAAAGGGUUUGGUUUUAUUCGCUUUGUCAACUAUGAAUCUCAAGUGAAAUGUUGUGCUCAGCGUCACAUGAUAGAUGGAAGAUGGUGUGAUGUAACGAUUCCCAAUUCCAAACAUCCUAUUCAGCACAGAUCAUCAUCAUCAUCCCGUCAAGGCUACAACUUUAAACCCUAUGCGAAACAAGCAGUUGGCAGCUUUUCCUUUGGGUCUGGGUCUGGUUAUGAAGAUGAUCUAGAUGGAGGUUAUCGCCAGGAGGGUAAUAACCAGAUGAUGAAUCGUAAAGUGUUCAUUGGACGUGUAACAGAGGAUAUCAGUGCUGAGGACCUCAGGAAUUACUUUAACAAAUUUGGCGAAGUUGUGGAUGUCUUUAUUCCUAAACCAUACAGAGCUUUUGCUUUUGUCACUUUUGCUGAUGCUGAAACAGCGCAAGCCUUGUGUGGGGAGGAUCAUAUUAUUAAAGGAGCUAGUGUUCAUGUUAGCAGUGCUGCGCCCAAGUCAUUUGAUAAGGGUUCUGACCGGAAAGGUUUUGGACAAGGUGGUGGUGGAGGAGGAGGUUACAAUCAAGGUGGUGGUUGGGCUCAGGGUAGAGCCUCUGCACCUGGACCAGUUGGCGGUAAAGUAGCUAAUGGUGCUGAUGGACUGGGAGGAAACCUUGGUAUGAACCUCCUGAAUUCUGCCAUGCUGGCUGCUGCCCAAGCCAUGCUCCAGAACCAGGGAGGAUGGGGCGCUUUAAACCAAGGACCAUCCCAAGGGGGUAGUGGGGGAAAUAUGGGAGGUGGGGAUCACCAAGCCCCUCCACCUAUGGCACCAUUAUCUAACCAGGGUGGGUUUGGAAGCAUGGGUGGAGGAAGUGGAGGGGGAGGUGGUGGCAGUGGAGGAAAUUGGUGGAGCAAUGAGGGUAGUUCCACAUCUGGAGGUCAUUAUAGUGGAUGGGGUGGAUCUCAUGGAGCUAGAGGGGGCAGUGGUGGUUGGAGCUAAAUCACUACUUUUAAAUGUGUGAAAGCCAGACAACCAAUGUUUGCAGAUGUGAUUGGAUGAACUAGAAAGUUUGAAUAUUAAUAAUGUUUGAGUAGUUUUUAUUGGAUCAGAUGUAUGCGAGUCUAAAGCUAAGUAACUUUUUUUUUGUAAAUAGAAUUCCUUUCUUCAUGUCAUUGGUGUAAAUGUUGUCAAAUAGAACUCUCUAAAGAACUCUUAUUCCAACUUUGCAUUCAGCUCCUUUUCAUUGACAUAAUUACAACGCUUCAUAUGGUUUUAUCAAUUUAAAAAUGUUUUUUUUUUAAUCAUAUCUUUGCUUUUCUUUUAAUCUACGUCACUAUUAUUUUACAUGUUGAGCUUGAUCAUUUUUGUAAGAUUUUUUUUUUUUUUUGUGGGUUGCUUGAUUGAUUUCUAGUUGUUGCAAGAUGUUUUAGAAAUUUGUGGCUAAGAUUUGAACUAGAGUGAAAGUGGCCGCUUGUAGCUAUCUUCACUCAGUUUUGAGCUCAAUGAGUGUGAAGUCUCCUCUAGCAGAAUGGGAUUUGUGAAUCUGAUGAAUGGACUUUGUUGCAGUGCAGGCAUGACUGGCUAGUGUGCUAGGACACAGAAGACCAUUUAAACAAUUGACUGAAGUCUCUCCGUUCCACUGCAACAAUCUGAAGGUCUCAAAUCCCAUCCAUUAGUAACAAUUAAUCAAGCAAUCCUCGUCUCAUGGAUCUUUAGGAUUCAUUCUGAUACUACUAUGUUGUUGUUUAUCGAAUUAAAAAAAAACAAAAAACAUUCAUCAAUUAAGUGUAAACAAAAAAAUGAAGUGAUUUGUCUACUUUUGAUUUUCUGUUUUUAUGUGCACUUUGUUUCUAUUUUGAGAAUUGUCAAAAGGAGAAAAUAAUUCAGAAAACAAAAUUAUUAAAUGGUCUUCAUAUCAAUCGUA